AUGGAAUAACCGAACGAGUAUCCACAUAAUGAGUUUAUGAUACCAGAAAACAAUUUAUAAUUUACUCCUUUACCUUUUCACUCACCACAUUAAGGAAUCUUUACUUAACUAAAUCUCCCUCCACUAGAAGAUAAAUUAAAUUUAGAAUAUAGCGCUCUUCUAAAUCCUGAAAAUAAAGAUUAAGUUAUUUCUAAAAUCGAUUAAUACAAUGAAGCUGGCAAAACGUUUAUUAAUGUGCAUUAAUAUCACAAUGCUUUAAAAAUAUACGAAUUAAUAGUUGAAGCUUAGCCAAAAAAUGAGAAGGCGGCAGUUUUGUAUGCAAAAUGCCUAUAACUCAACGAAGAGUAUCAUAGAGCUAUUUUCUUCUUCAGAUAUGCUAUGGAAAUUAAUGAUAAACUUAAAAAUGAUGCCUACCUGUGGUACAAUAUAGGACUUUGCUUUUUCAAGAUUGAAAAUUAUACUUAAGCUGAGUAAAAUUUCAAGCAUUGCUUGAAAGUCGAUUAUUAUUUUCCUUUGAAGUUCUAAAUAUAUCUCUAUCUUGGUAUAAUAAAUAAGUACAAUUUAUAGUAUAAAAUAGCUAUUGAAUAUUUUUUAUUGAAUCUCUCUGAUCCUCAAAACUAGAAUCCAGAUAAAGCAUCUCUGGUUUUAAUUAAUAUAGGCUAAUGUUUAGAAUGCUUCUAGGAGUAUGAUGAAGCUGCAAGUUGUUAUAAUAAAUCUCUUUGUUUAACUCCUGGAAAUUUUACUGCUCUCAAGGCUAUUAGUUGGCUCUUUUUUUAAAAUGGGAAAAUUAAUGAAUCAAAAGAUAUUCUGAUGCAAGCCCUUUACAUUAAUUCUGAUAGAGAAAUAUAUUAUAUGUAAGCAAGGUGCUUAGAAUAGCUUGGCAAGCAUAAAGAAGCUAUGCAUGCAAUAAGUUAAGCUAUUUAAGCAGAACCUAACAAUCCUGAUAACUUUACUGUUUUAGGAGUUAUAUUUAGCAAGUUAAACAUGCACUUAGAAUCUUUCUAAAGCUUUUAGCGUGCUUAUUAGAUGGAUACUGCAAAAAUAGAAAAUUUAUUUAACAUGGCACUUAUUUAUGAAGUUGCUAAAAAGUAUUAAGAUGCCUUAAAAUUAUAUACUAAACUCUUGUUGUUAGAUCCAUAAGAUUGUAUUGUGCUGUAGAGAAAGGCAUGCAUCGAAUCAUCUAAUUACUAGAAUCUAACUGAGUAUUAAUUUUAAAUGAGAUUCCCCGCCUUUAAGCCUAGUGCUUAGCUGUGGUGGGUAGAAAACUAAAAAUAUGCUAAAUUUAAUAUUUUGCAUGAAAUUUCUGGUAUUUCUUUAUAUCAGAAUAACCAAGGAUAAGCAAGUGAAAAAAUAGAACAUGGGGUAGGAUCUCACUCUAUAUUUGAGACAGCAACUAAAAAAGCUUCGCUACUAUCUUAGGGCAACAUAAAAAAUGAAAAUGAUGAAUUAAAAUCUUCAGCAAGUUUUACUAAAAGUGCAAACAAUUUAAAUAAUCAUAAAAAUAGUAUCACAACAAGCUUUAACAACUAGUUUAAUAAUUAAUUUAUUCGCAGCAGAAAUAGCAGUUUUAAUUGUAAAUAAGAUGAAAGUGCCAAUGAAAAUUCAACUAAUGGCUAAAAUGGAAUCAAUAAAUCAGGUUCUGCAAAUAAUAAAUCGGACAUCCCUAAUUCAAUAUUAGGCGGUGGAAAUAGAAAAAAUUCUUCUAUGGAUAUUACAGCUCUCUAAAGAAGAUAGCAUAUGUAAAGAAAUAAGCUUUACAGUAUGGAAUAAGGAUAUGAUGGGAAUGAUGGACAUAAUACAAUAUACGAAAAAAAAGAAGAAGAGUAGUAUUCGUUUUCUAAUAGUCCUAAAAAAGAAGAUAAAAAUAGAAAGGAAAGCGAUUUAUAUUAUGAAUAGCCUAGAAGAAAUUCAAUUAUGAGUAAUUUUGGAGGAUAAUAAUUAUAUUCAUUCGUUUAUUCUCCAUUUAAUGGACCAGCAAUAGCAAAAGAUUCUAUGGAUUUUGGUUAUAGUUUGAAUAACAAUAAUCAUUAUUAUGCAGAUCAAAUGGAUAAUGGCAAUCCAAGUGACUUUGGUGGUAAUAGAUAAAAGAAGAGCAGUAUAAUCGGCCACAAUAUUCAUAACUACAAUAAUAUCAACAAAAAUAUAAAUAAUAAAAAUGAUAAUUAAAUCUACUAAUGA